AUGCAAAUCUUUGUGAAAACCCUGACCGGCAAAACCAUAACCCUAGAGGUUGAAUCCUCCGACACCAUCGACAACGUCAAAGCCAAAAUCCAAGACAAGGAAGGCAUUCCACCAGACCAGCAGCGUCUCAUCUUCGCCGGUAAACAAUUAGAAGACGGCCGAACUCUAGCCGACUACAACAUACAGAAAGAAUCCACACUCCACCUCGUUCUCCGUCUCCGCGGCGGCAUGCAAAUCUUCGUCAAAACCCUAACCGGCAAAACCAUCACACUCGAGGUCGAAUCCUCCGACACAAUCGACAACGUGAAGGCGAAGAUCCAAGACAAGGAAGGAAUUCCUCCGGAUCAGCAGCGGUUGAUCUUUGCCGGGAAGCAGUUGGAGGAUGGGAGAACUCUUGCGGAUUAUAAUAUCCAGAAAGAGUCUACUCUCCAUCUGGUUCUUCGUCUGCGUGGUGGAAUGCAGAUUUUUGUGAAGACUUUGACGGGGAAGACGAUUACUUUGGAGGUGGAGAGUUCGGAUACAAUUGAUAACGUGAAGGCGAAGAUUCAGGAUAAGGAAGGGAUUCCGCCGGAUCAACAGCGUCUCAUCUUUGCUGGUAAACAGCUUGAGGAUGGACGCACUCUUGCUGAUUAUAAUAUUCAGAAGGAGUCUACCCUUCACCUUGUUCUCAGGCUCCGCGGUGGUGGAGAUGUAUAG